GGGCGUUGUUUUGUGCCCAGUGUGCUGAGGGGCGGACGUGUGAGCUGGAGCUGCGCGAACUGAGAGCUGCUUGAUUUGGUUACACUCAUGGACUGGCAGUGGUCAAUCCCUGGUGAGGGCAGCAUUUCCUGCCCCCUGUGUCACCAGCCUGGCUGCUUCCCAUCUGCAGAGCGGCUACUGCACGCUCUGCGGGCGCUGGCCAGUGGGCCAUCCUGCUGUGGUAUCUGCGGCACUCAGCUGGCCGACCUGCCAUCCUACCUGCAGCACCUGGCCAGGCAUCUGUCCCCGGCACUACACACGGCUGCCGCUCCCCGUCCUGCCGCGGACCGGAGCUCGGCGCCUGUCAGCCCGUCCGCCUCCCUCUCCUGUCCGCACUGCCCCCGAACCUUCAAAACGGCCCGCGGCCGCGCCAGUCACAUGCGCGCCAAGCACGCUUCGGAGACCGAACCGGCUGCUGAGGGCUCACCGGCCGGCGGCUCGCUGAGGUCGGCUCCGUCGCUAGUACCGACGGACCCGCGUGGGGGCCUGCCGAGGGGUGCGGUGUCAGUGACGGCCGGCCGCCCACCGCAGGCGGCAGGCUCUUCCAGCCGUCUACACGGCACCGUGGCUGAUUGGAGCAGCCUGGGUCCGACACUCGGCGCCGUCACUAGCUUACUUCCGCCGCCACCGACCACAGCUGCCGUCGGACCGCUGCAGCCACCGAUUUCGGCUGCCGUCGGACUCAUAGCUCUGAUGAACGAUACCGGUGGGCCUCCGCAGCCAUUCACUGUCCCCACCGGACCCCCAGAAUCCUCACCGCUGACGACCGUCACCAGCGGGCUCCAUCUCACUCUGAGCUCCACCACCAGCAGACUCGUGCUGCCCCCGACUGCCGCCGCCGGUGGCCUUCUGUCCCCUGGUGCCGCCGGUACAAGAGGUCUCCUGUCUCCGGGUGCCGCCGGUACAAGUGGUCUCCUGUCCGCUGGUGGCUCCGGUACCAGUGGCGCCGUGUCGCCGCCGGCGCUGCUGGCCCGCCGCGGGGACGGCAGCCGCCGGCUGCGGCGGCUGCUGCAGGCCUCGCACGCCUGCCAGGACUGCGGCCGGGUGUUCCGGCUGCGGCCCGGCCUGGCAGCGCACCGGCGCCUGGCGCACGGUGACGGUGCGUGCGAGCAGUGCGCUGUGUGUCAGCGCCGCUUCACCAGCGGCCGCCGCCUGCAGAGACACCUGGCGGCUGCGCACGGACUCACCGGCACGGAUCAUGCUCCAUCCACUGACGACAAAACGAAAGAGAGCUCGGCACACGAGUGUCCCACCUGCAAGAAGACGUUCACUACCGCGCAGUUUCUCAAGAAACAUAUGAAACUCCACACCGGUGAGACGCCGUACGUGUGUGAGGUGUGCGGCCGGGCCUUCUCCCUGCAACAGUCCUACCACAAGCACCAGCAGUACCACACGGCCGUGCGGCCCUACACGUGCCCCCAGUGCGGCCGCGCCUUCCGCGAGUCGGCCACCCUGCAGAACCACAUGCGGAUCCACUCCGGGGAGAAGCCGUGGACCUGCGAGACCUGUGGAAAGUCGUUCCGUCAGCGGAUAACGUACGUGGUGCACCGUCGGAUCCACACGGGCGCGCUGCCCUACACCUGCGAGCUGUGCCACAGAGGGUUCAGAUACAAGCUGAACGCGUGUGGAGGCUGAGCGACCGAGAGCGGUACAGGUGAGUCUUCGCGCUCACAAGUGCACCCAGGGUGAGCCGGUUCGGGACGGAGCCGGUCCGUCGGACUCCGGUCAGCAGCCCCCGCCGGCCGCCGGCCCAUCGAGUCCCCUCGCCAUCGCCGGACCAUCGGGAGACGACGUGGGACCGGUGUCAGCACCUAUAGCAGGCUCCCCCGCCGGCAGCGCGGGGCUGGCUGCUGCCUCGUCCAGUGGCACCCAGCCGUCACUGCCAGACAAAGUCGGCAGACAUCUACCAGGCGCAGUGAACAGCCAGGUACCGGAUGUAGUGAACCAUCAGCGGGCAGGCACAAUGGACAGUCAGGUGCCUGACGCAAUCAACAGCCCAUUGUCGGACACAAUCAACAGCCCUUUGUCAGACACAAUGAGCAGUCCGUUACCAGACGCGGCCGGCGGGCAGCUGCCCGGCGGUGUCAGCGGACAACUGCCGGGCAGUGUCGGCGGACAGCUGUCCGGCGGUGUCGCCGGGCAGCUGCCGGCCGUGGUCUCCGCUCAGCUGCCGGACACGGUAGGCGCUCAGCUGCCGUACCGCCCCAAGGUAUCGCGGGUGCUGCUGCGGCGCCUGGUUCAUAAACUGCGCGCGCGGCAGGAGCGCAGCAGCAGCCGGCCGCCGGCCGCCGGGCCGGACAGACCGGAGGCGCGGCAGAGCGGCGCCGGGCUCGGAGCACUGCCAGCUCUGAGCCGGGGACCGGGCGGGUGGCAGACGGCGCCUGUCACCGGCCCGGACGGAGGGGCAGCUGUCUGUCAGGGGAGCCCAGUCCCCACCGAACCCCACAGUAGGGACGGAACUGGGACGGACGGCGCUACUUCUGCCGGCUGCCUGGGCGGCGGAGCUGCUGCUGGCCUGGGCAGCCCGGUCCCUGCCGAAAUGGGCGAUACGCAGCGUGGCAGUGACGCCGUUCCAGAGGGUAUGUCGGUUGAUGUACCCAACCAUCCUGCAGUGCUGGCUCCCGAAGUGCUGUCGGAGAUGCAGUUGGAACCCGCCGCUGAGGUGCAGAUCGGACCCGUAUCGGGGCUGGGGCUGGAACCCGCCGCUGAGCUGGAUCUGGGAUCCGCGCCGGACCUGGACCUGGACCUGGACCAGCUGUUCGAGUUCCCGGUGCCGGAGCGGCGCCCGUCUCCGCUCUCCCCGCUACACAGAGCCAUCGAGAGCGUGGCGCGAGAGCUGGCCAACAUCCCGCUGCACUCGCCGCCGCCGGCCGCGGCUGGUUCACCGGACCCUGAGAGCCUGCACGGGCAGGGAUACCGCCCGGCGGAGCCCCCGCGGCAGCAGAGCGGCGCGCCGGGACCCUGGCCGUCACCGACACCGGGACUAGAGGAGCCGGCCGACCUGGACCUGCUGCUCAGUCAGCUGUUCGAGCCGUGAGCCGCGGCUGCAGCAGGCCUUUGGUCCAGAAUGUUGGAGUGUUGACCGCUAAUGAACUAGGUCAGUGAUUUGGCCGGAGACUGCCGUCGACUCAGCUGUCCUGCACCUAACUAUCACUCAGCAAGCCGGCCUGCCCUGGACGUAUUGCCUAGUCGCUACGGAGCCCUGAUCACCACCAGUCUCUCGUGUUGUAGCUGGCUUUGUGUGAGCUGCGGCAGAGCUGUCACGGUGGGCCGUCUGACACCGUAUCUCCAUGUGUUUGUUUGUGUUUUACGCGGCAUGCACGGACCUGGGCAGUCUCGCACGUCCUCUUCGUGAAGGCUGCGUACUUAUGGCACUGUUAGUACUGUGAAUAGCCCCAGUUACUGCCCUAGUCAAGUCUGCCCAAGUUUUUAGGUACAUGGCUCCGUCGUUCUCAUGAUUCACUGAAAGUCCGUUUUGCUGGAGCGUGGUGUGCAUGUGUUUGUUUUUUCCCGACGUAACCGACAUUAGGGCCGUUAGUAGUCCUGUUUCAGCCCACACUCGCCAACGCUGAUGUUUUUACAUAAUUUUGUAUUUAUCUAUUUUCAUUCAUCUGAUAAAUACAACAAACAUAACAAUCCGAACAA